AUGCCUCGACGAAGAAAACAAACAGACUCUAAUCAGUCAAUCCUUAAGAAACGCGCUAAUACUGGUACUAAUGGGCGAGCCAAAAAGCCACGAGUAGUUAACUCGAGAACCAAAAAUCAAAAGUCUAAAGAGAGCGAAAAGUCAGUGGAACAAUCCGAAAUUAUUAGUGACCAAUUCGAAGGUGUUGACGAUCCAUCAAAAUCACAAGAUGAAGUAAUAAAUUCUGAACUUCCCGCUGCAAAUUCCGAAAAUAUGGAAAAUACCUUAUAUAAAUCCGAAAAUGUCGCGGUUGAUAAUGAUAAUAGGAAAUCAUCAUCAUCAGUAGAGUCAACUGACGAAGGAGAAAAAAAAGUGCUUUUCGAGAUCCCUAAGAGACCAAGACCGACACAUAAAGAGUAUCAAGAUAAGAUUCUAGUAAAACAUCCCUGGAUGAAAAAAAAGGAAAUUGAUUAUUUACACAAAAUUCUUUCAAAUUCUAGAUCCGAGUUAGGAUAUAAAGUAAUGAAACAUAUUAUCAACUUUAAUGUAUAUAAAAAUUUCACGGAUGAACAAAAAUCGAGGCUAUUGAAACUUUUGCCACGAUCCGAAUUAGUUCCAAUUGCGAGUGAAGUCGGUGAACCUAUUGACACACCUCGAAUUGAAAGAGAACGUCAAGCUCAAGGAAUGAAAUUAUAUGAGGCUGGUGUAACCGAAACUAUUACCGAAAUUGAUCCUACUAAAGUUGUUCCACGAUUUGACUUUUGGCUCUCGGAUGCAUUCAAAGAUGCUAGGUGGUGGUUUCAAUUAAGUAUUAGAUAUGGUUAUUAUACCAAAAUAGGUGUAGAUACUCAAUGGGAUAAUUUGGAAAAAUUUAAGACUGAAAUUCCUAAUUAUUGGAAGAAUGAUGCCUUUGAACAGGAUUGGGGUAUUGGUCUAUGGGGAAAGAUGGGAAAAAAACAAGUAGCUGGUGAUUCCGCUCAAAUAUCACUUCCUGAUAUGGUGAAAGCUAGAAUCCUCAGACCAAAUGAUAUUUUAAAAUACAAAAAACAAUUCAAAGGUCUUGGAGUAACUGUAAAUAUGGAUUUGAAAGUUACGGCAGUUAAUGAAUCGAAUGGACGUCUUCAAAUAAUGUUAAUUAAAAGUAAUCAAAGUAAAUUAAUUGAUGAUGUUGUUAAUCCAACGCGAUUGGAACAUGAUCUUCUUGAUUGGGAUGGUCAGGUACCAAGGCAAUCACGUCCUAAUGGAAACGCUUUCAAAAACUUCUCAAUUCAACGAUCUGCUGGAUAUACACCUAGUUUAUUUGAAGCGAGAAAAGAAUAUUGGGCGAAAAAUUCAUAA